AUGUCUGUUCAAAAGAAUUUCUAUUUCGUGAUAGUUGGUCACAACGAUCAGCCUCUAUUCGAAAUGGAUUUCCCUAUCGCUGACAAGAAGGCACGGGAGUCAGAAAACAGGCAUUUGAACCAGUUCAUCGCUCAUGCCGCACUUGAUGUUGUUGAUGAACAAGCUCUUACGAGUAACAGUAUGUACCUUAAGGUAUGCUUUUCCCAUUUUUCACUGUUAUUAUCUCGGUGA